UGCGACUGAUACCAUGAACAUUGGGAAAUAAUUACAUACCUAUCGCGAUAGCGGUUCCUGUUCUAUUUUGUGGUCUUGCUUUCAAAGAGGUAGCAAACUCUACCUACCGGUUCCUAUUUCCAACGAGAUCAACAAAAAGAAGGAAGCCCAACAACUUCAUAUCCGGUCCUUGCUACCGUGCUACAGACAUCCACAAUGAUAACCACCUAUUUAACGUCGCUCAAAGUCGCGUUCAACCCUUUCUCGGCCACAUCGAAGGUACCCAGAUUAUUUCUCACUCUCCUCCCACCGGAAGCGCACAAGACCAUCAAAAUCAGUACAACACAAUAUCCACGCACGUCAAAAGCGCCAGCGCUGUUGGAAUUAGGAUUGAAGGAUGGCAAGACAAUGAAGUACACCUGGGAAGCUAAUGCGCCGGCCUCGAACGGAGACGCCAAGAAAACGAAAAGAGUAGGCUUGAACGAUAUAGUGGAAGAGGUAAACCGGCAUGCUAGAUCGUUGGCCCGGAAGGAGGAGUUGAAUGGUUGAUUGUAACUGCGGGUUUAUUGGAAGGCAACAAUCUACCUAUGAUGACCCAACCGUCCCCCUCCGAGCAAGGUCCGAUGUAGGAGAGUCUCUGUGCAGUUGGCGGUUCAAGACCAGUUUUCUCGGCCGGUCCGGGCCAGGUAAUUAUCAAGAAUCUCGAGAACAGGGGACUUUCUGCGCGACAAUCUCGGGGAGGGAACAAGCCUUCAGAAAUAUGUCGAAAGGAGCCAACUCCUGCUAAGGAUUCAGGGGCCUUCCGGUGUGGACACCAUUGAAGCGGUUCUCGACGUACAAAACGGGAUCACUUCCGUUCUGGUCGCCUCAAAGGAAAGGCAAAGUUCGAGCGUCCCUAGCGCCAGCGUCCCAUGCGGCCAUACAUCCACCAUUGAGCUAUUUUGCGCCGAAGCCAAAAGCGAGGAGAUUUUUGUGUUGUACAUAUGCGUCUAUAUCAAGAGGGGUUAUUGAAAUACAUCUGGGGUGGGGAAGUACCACCUUCCUCGACCCUACACAACAUCUAUCCGUUGCCGAAGCCGAUGUGUCUUGCAUCAAGCUGAAUGACCUUACCACUAUCCCCAUGAAGGGGACCAAACCGCAAACCCAACGCCGGCGUUGGUCAUCAGCAUUGAGAUGAUCACUUCAUGCCGUAAACCCUCAGUGUCAAGCCUUUGGCUGUAGAGACAUCCCUUCGAACUGUACGUCACUGGGCGCUGAGCACGGCGGAGAUGGUCAGUGAUGUGGAUUCUGAAUGGAAUGCUCCCUCGCAGUGUCUGCCUGUCUGCAGUUGACUAACAGGUAUCCCAUAGGGCUGAUGCUGCCUCCCAGCCCUGAGCAGAUCAUCAAGUCACCCUAUCGGCAUUGUUCAGACUGCAACUGCCAUGGCUCCCUGUCCAACACCAUCGAAGCCGCAAUUUUCAGCAGCUAUUUCAGCCUUUUGUUUUUUUGUGCGCUCGUGACUUGGACUAUCAUCCUUUCCCUGUUGAUUAUUUGUGGAUUCCAAUGUCCUCUUCUUUUCCUGUUUCUUCUGCACAUCCUGCUUGUGCUGCUGUUUGUUCUGACGCUUGAUAUCCGCCUUCCGGACCGUAGAAGCAUCGAGAUUGAGGAUGGCAUCAAUUUCCUUUGCUUUCUCCACCAUCUCUUGAUCGGAAAUUUCCAGGAUUUCCAGCACACCGCUGUAACUGCGGGACAUCUG